GUUAUUGCAUUGAAACCACCACCAACAUCGUUAUGGCGUACACUCUUGACUUUAGUACACCCGUCAAUACAGCUCUCCUCAUUUACAUUCUCUACUCUGUGCAGAAGAUUGUUUUCCCUCCCACAUCCACACCUAAAACCAUCCCAAGCGAAUUCAGUCAUGGUUACUCGUGGAUGCCUAAGGAACACCCUCCCACAGUGUUGUUCAAGACAUACACCCCAAAAACACUGGAACCAUUCAACGGCAAGAACGGAGGUAGAAUUUUACUCGCCAUAAACAGCAUCGUGUUCGACGUAACGGCUGGGAGGAACUUCUACGGGCCAGAUGGCAUGUAUGGUAAUUUUGCGGGUCGUGAUGCAUCUCGUGGUAUGGCCAAGCAGUCCUUCGAUAUGGAGAUGUUAACGCCGGUUGACCAACCUCUUGACAAGCUCCAGGAUCUCAAACCAGAUGAAAUUGAGAACAUGAAAGGGUGGAUUGAGCACUUCUCGAAUAAAUAUAUCAUUUGUGGGAAGCUUGUUGAGAAUGAUGCUGUGUGAUUGAAUUCCGCAGCUGCAUCAUGUCAUGGGCAUCUCUUGCGUUGAAUCCGUUUGAACUGCAUCAUGAGCUUGCAGCGUCGACGAGUCCAUGUCAUUUCCCGCUUUCGUGACUCUACAUUGCACAACUAUGUACCAUAGUGUCGAGCUUGUUUAUGUUUACAUAUGUAUAGAUUUUGAUAGCGACAUCAACCCGAAACGCGAUCGGAUAGUUGACUGUUAC